AUGUGGAGAAUCCUCAAGACCAAGUGUAUCCUCCAAGGUAUCCACAACAACAAAGACCUCCUUACCAAUCUCAAGGAAGUCAAUUUCAGCCAAGGCAAGGGUAUGAGCAGAGACAUCAUAUCCGCCCAAGGAGCCAUAUGCUUCUUCACCAAAUCAAGCUCCUCCAAACCAACAAGGUGGGAUUUUGAAGGAAUCCUCCAACAGAUCAUGGAUGGCCAGAAAAGAAUAGCAAAGAGAUGUAUGAGAAGAUGGACACUUUGUUCAGCAAUCUCAACACCAAGUAUGAUGCUGUUGCCACUCAUGUGA